CAUUCGCUCACUUGUUGUCGGGUUUGAUUACAACCAAGCUCCUUGUGACAUCGGGCCGUGCUCGAAAGGGGUUGAUCCUGUUGAGCAAUGUCCCUGGUUCGUGUAGACAUGCGGAAUAAUACUUGAAUUCCGUCUGGAACGCGCCCCGAGAUCUUUCGCGAUUUCCAAGAUGCUUCCCCGAUAAUCGUCAGCCGCCAAAAAUGCAGACACAACCGCCAAAAUACGUCUCCCCGCCCGGCACGUGGAAGACGAAGUUGGGCCUCCGGGCGGCCUCCAUCGUAUUCCUGAUCGUCCUCUCUGGCCUCGCCGGCUCGCUGGCGGCAGAUUCUCGGCUUGACGGCGCAACCCUCCUGAUUGUCAUCUUGGGCCCGGCCGCCGUUGUGACCUUUAUCUGGGACAUCGCCGAGAGCAUCUGCAUCUGGAAGCGAGGGGGACACAGGGGGAUACACCCCGGCGCCGUUGUCGCGAUCGACCUUCUCGCCUGGCUUGGUUGGGGUCUAAUCGACCUCCUCGUGAUUCCGUACUCGAUCAUAUUGACGUCCGACUACUAUGUCGCUAAUCAUUGGAGUGACGACGGGUACGGAUACGACGAGCCCGAGGCCGACCCCGAGUACGAGGCGGUGUUGAGAGACGUCCAUGGCAAGGGGCGCGCCAUCGCCUCUUUUGCCGUUUUGACGACGUGGGUCUCGAUGUUACUCGACUCUCUCCGUGCGUGACUGGCGACUGACUGAUCGCGCGUGCAGCAUCAUACACUUUGCCGUCUUCGUCAUCGCCUGCUACGAAACCCAUAUCCGGAACCGCAUGCCCACGACCAUCUAUGUCAUGCAGCCCAUCUACGGUCCCGCGCCGGUACAGGUACCAGGGGCGCACCAUCAGCUCGGGACAUUCCCGGCUCAGCCGGUCCAAGGACAACCAUUUCCGGGCCAGAACUUUAUGCCGGGCCAGUUCCCGGCCCCGGCCCAGUCACCUCCGGCAGCGGCGGGGGAUACAAAAGCCGCGCAAGGGGCGGAACGAU